AGUUUUCUAGCAGGACUAAUUGAAAAGAUAAAAAAAAAAUGUACGCGCGCGUUUCCUCUUCUAUCUAUUACAACGGUGCACUAGCAUCGGGAGCAUUUUCAUCUGUGAUCUUCCUUCAUUUGCCUCCAAGUCCGAAGCUGUGAAAUGAUAUUGACACAUUAUUAUUCCCUUCAUGCUAAAAUUCACGAGCCAAAUAACCACCCAUCUGAAAUGUCGUACAACACCAUUUACCACUCUUAUUCAAAACCCAAAAUCUUCUUCAACUUCCUUAAACUUCACGUUCUUAAACCACCUCAAAAACCAAAAACUAGACUCAGCACGUGCCGUCUUCAACAAAAUCCCUUCCCCUCACGUGUCACUCUACACCAAGCUACUCCUCGCUUACGCUCACAACAACAAUCUCCACGAAGCAAUCAACCUCUUCAAUCAAAUCCCAUCAAACACCAAAGACACUAUCUCAUGGAACUCUGUCAUCAAAGCCUCUAUCAUUUGCAACGAUUUUGUCACUGCAGUUAAACUGUUCGAUGAAAUGCCGCAACGAAACUCAAUAUCAUGGACAACGAUAAUCCACGGUUUCUUAUCCACCGGAAGAGUUAAUGAAGCUGAGAGGUUUUUUAAUGCAAUGCCGUAUGUUGAUAAAGACGUUGCCACAUGGAAUGCUAUGGUUAAUGGUUAUUGUAAUAAUGGUAGAGUUAAUGAUGCUCUUCGUUUGUUUUGUCAAAUGCCGUCCAGGGAUGUUAUUUCUUGGACUUCGAUUAUUGUCGGAUUGGAUAGGAAUGGAAAAAGUUAUCAAGCGUUGUUUUUUUUUAAGAAUAUGGUGGGUUUUUCUGGUGUUGGAAUUUCUUCAACUACUUUGGUUUGUGGGUUGUCUGCAGCUGCUAAAAUUUUGGAUUUUUAUGCGGGUAUUCAGAUUCAUUGUUGUAUGUUUAAGUUUGGUUUUUGUUGUGGUUUAGAUGAGUUUGUGUCUGCUUCGCUAGUUACUUUUUACGCGUCUUGUAAGAGAAUGGGUGAUGCUUGUAAGGUUUUUGGUGAGACUGUUUGUAAGAAUGUCGUGGUUUGGACUGCUCUUUUGACUGGGUGUGGUUUAAAUGAUAAGCAUGUGGAAGCAUUGGAGGUUUUUAGUGAGAUGAUGAGAUUCAAUGUGGUGCCUAACGAGUCUUCUUUUACUAGUGCUUUGAAUUCUUGUGUUGGGUUGGAGGAUCUUGAGAAGGGUAGAGUGAUUCAUGCUGCAGGAAUUAAAAUGGGUUUGGAAAAUGCAGUCUAUACGGGGAAUUCUCUUGUUGUUAUGUAUAGUAAAUGUGGUUUUAUUGGUGAUGCAUUGUGUGUGUUUAAGGGGAUUUGUGAGAAGAAUGUUGUGUCUUGGAAUUCUGUGAUUGUUGGUUGUGCUCAGCAUGGAUGUGGAACAUGGGCUUUGGUGCUUUUUAAAGAAAUGUUGAGGGAAGGAGUUGAGUCUGAUGAGAUCACGUUGACUGGUUUGCUUUCUGCCUGUAGCAGGUCCGGGAUGUUACAAAAGGCAAGGUGUUUUUUUGGGUAUUUUGCUCGGAAAAGAUCAAUGAAGCUGACGGUUGAGCACUAUGCUUGUAUGGUGGAUGUGCUUGGCCGGUGUGGAGAGGUGGAGGAAGCGGAAGCGCUGGCGACGAGCAUGCCUGUGGAAGCAAACUCAAUGGUAUGGCUGGUUUUGCUGAGUGCUUGCAGGGUGCAUUCUAGUUUGGAUGUUGCAGAAAGAGCUGCGAAACGGAUAUUUGAAAUGGAGCCUGAUUGUAGUGCUGCCUAUGUGCUGCUGUCGAACUUGUAUGCAUCUUCUAGAAGAUGGUUGGAAGUUGCAAGGAUUAGGAUGAAAAUGAAACAUAAUGGAAUUGUAAAACAACCUGGGUCAAGUUGGAUAACCUUAAAAGGAAUGAGGCAUGAAUUUCUGUCUGCAGAUAGGUCCCAUCCUCUAACCGAGGAAAUCUAUGAAAAGUUAGUGUGGUUAGGAGUAAAGUUAAGAGAACUGGGUUAUAUUCCUGAUCAACAAUUUGCCUUGCAUGAUGUUGAAAUUGAGCAAAAUGAAGAAAUGUUAUCAUACCAUAGUGAAAGGCUUGCAAUUGCAUUUGGAUUGCUUAGCACUGUGGAAGGAAGUACAAUAACUAUAAUGAAAAAUCUACGUGUAUGUGGGGAUUGUCAUACUGCAAUAACGCUUAUGGCAAAGAUUGUUAACAGAGAGAUUGUUGUCAGAGAUUCUAGCCGUUUUCAUCACUUUAAGAAUGGCAUAUGUUCCUGUGGGGAUUAUUGGUAGUAGAACAUUGUUUAUUUAUAAAUUUGUUCAUUAGAAAGUUUAAAAUAGUUUACACUGAAAAUACUGAGGAAGGAAAAAGAUAUGAAUAUCAGUGGAAAUUUUUGUUUAUUAUACACUGCAGAUCCUUGAUAACAAAGGAUGGAGUGAAAAGUUUGGUAUGACACUGUGUAGAUUCUAAGGAGAAUGUUAAUGGAUUCUUAGUUCA